CCCAAGAAGUAGUUUUUGGUUUCAAAAAGGUUGGUGACCCCUGUACUAGGGCAUCAAAUCAGUGUCAGUUGAGUCGGUCCAUAGGUUGCCUGUAGGGAUUUUUAAUGUCCAGCAGAUGUCAGUAUUUAGUGACACAGUAUCGACACAGUAUCAAUACAGUUUUGCAAUGUGUCGAAACGCUUCAUGACGCCUCAUCAACCCAUCACUAGCAUUUGCCUAUACGGCCUAUGCCACGGUCCGGCCCUGUGGAUGAUGUUACAUUGUGGUGAAAGGAGCAUUAUUUAGGGUUGGGCCCUCAGUAUAGUGACUCUUUCAAAGGGAUACUUCCACCAUUGUUGUCCUUUGCAACCUUAGCCAAGAUACCUCAAAAGGCCCUUUUUUUUGCACGUCUAUUCUUUGCAAGUGGCUUGUGGUCGGACCAGGGCGGACCCGGCAAUAAAUGAGCCCUACUUUGGGGGCCGGGGGAUGGGGUUGCACGGGACAUCUGUCGGGCGGAGGUGAGCGCUUUCACUGCGUGCGCCUCACUGUACGCAAAAUAUGUCUUUUUAUUCCUUCAGCACCACUCCAAGUCUUUAUUGAGCCCCCCCUCCCCCAAGGCUUCCAUUUGCCGUCAGAAGUUUUGCUUUCAUGCUUCUGCAAAAAUUGGAGUAGUCACUGUCCAAAAAGCAAAGCAAAUGCCACCCAGUAAAGUGUGUGUUCAUGCGAUAGCAGGAAAUGUUUAACCUCCAUUGUGGAGAGACAAAAGCUUGUUUUAAUCCCGCUGUGCGAGGGAUGCGUGGAGGGGGGGCGUGGGGGGUGUGUCAAAAAAGGGGGCGGGGGCAGUUUUGAGAGGGAGUCCACUCCUCUCCCUGCCUCCCCGCCACUCAGUCAUCAUCGCCCACGCCAGCCAGGACCACGGCAGGAUUAUGUCACACGGCUGGGAGGAUUUAUUUUCAUCGAGCCAAAUAAAAGAUUGAAGGAGAAGAGGUGGCAACCAGAGGAGUCACAGUCCCAACUUUCCGUGAAGUCAGCGUGAGCCAGCAGGAAGAUGGUGAUGAAGAGGAGGAGGACGAUGCUCAUGCUGGUGGUACUGGGGCACCUCGCCAGCGCUUUGGAGGUCCCGCUCGACCUGCCGCAGCCCCCCACCAUCACCCAGCAGUCCCCCAAAGAUUACAUCAUCGACCCCCGGGAGAGCAUCGUCAUCCACUGUGAAGCUAAAGGGAAACCUCAUCCCAGUUUCUCCUGGACCAGAAAUGGCAGCCACUUUGACGUGGACGAGCACGCCAACGUCCAGAUGAAGAGCCACUCGGGCACGCUGGUGGUGGACAUCAGCAGGGCGAGGGCGGACAAGUUCGAGGGGCAGUACCAGUGCACGGCCAGGAACAAGCAUGGCACGGCUCUGUCCAACAACAUUGUGGUGCGGCAGCCCAGGUCGCCUCUGUGGUCCAAAGAGAAGAUCAAGCCUAUCAUCAUCCAGGAGGGCGUGUCCUUGGUGUUGCCAUGCCGACCCCCUGCUGGCUUUCCUCCUCCCAUCGUCUUCUGGAUGGACAACAACUUCCAGAGGUUGCCUCAGAGCAACCGGGUGUCGCAGUCUUUGAACGGAGACCUCUUCUUCUCCAACGUGCUGCGCCAGGAUUCCCGUGACGACUACAUCUGCUACGCCCGCUUCCCGCGCACGCAGACCAUCCAGCAGAAGCAGCCCAUCAGCGUCAAGGUCCUCAACCUGGAUGCAAUCAAUGACACAAUGGCAGCUUUUUACAAUGACACUGAUUUAUUUAGUGAGGAUCCGGUAGACGAGAGGAGGCCCACGUUCCUCACCCCGUCCGUUCCCUCCAGCUCCAAGAUGGUGCUGCGUGGUCAGGUGCUGGAGAUGGAGUGCAUUGCGGAAGGACUGCCCACUCCCGACAUCACCUGGGCCAAAGUGGGCGGCGAGCUCCCCGCCACGCGGACCUCCUACCCGCACCACCACAAAACCCUGCGCAUCGCCAACGUGUCGGAAGCCGACGCGGGAGAAUACCAGUGCACCGCCAGGAACAAGCACGGCUCCGUGGGCCACACCGUCGGCGUCGCGGUCAAAGCUGCUCCGUAUUGGAUCGGUGGCGCGCCCAGGAACCUGGUCAUGGCCCCAGGAGAGAACGGGGUUCUGACAUGCAGGGCCAGUGGCACACCCAAGCCCGACAUCCAGUGGGCCAUCAACGGCAUGGCCAUAGAGAAUUCCCCGAAGGAUCCCAGCCGCAAAGUGGAGGACGACACCGUCAUAUUCAGCCAGGUGCAGACGGGAUCCAGCGCCGUGUACCAGUGCAACGUCUCCAACCAGUACGGCUACCUCCUGGCCAACGCCUUCGUCAACGUUCUCUCCGAGCCGCCCAGAGUGCUGACGCCGGCCAACAAAGUCUACCAGGUCAUCAGGAACCAGCCGGCGCUCUUGGACUGCACGUCCUUUGGCUCGCCCAUCCCCAAGGUCACCUGGUUCAAGGACAGUCGUUCAGGCACCCUGGAUGCGGAGACUCACACCAUGCACGACAACGGCACUCUCGAAAUAGGCGUGGCUCAGCCUAAGCACGGGGGGAAAUACACCUGCGUGGCCCGGAACUCCCUGGGGAUCUACGAGAACCACGUCCACCUGGAGGUCAAAGAGCCCACGCGCAUCCUGAAGCAGCCCGAGUACCGAGUGGUCCAGCGGGGCAGGUCCGUGGUGUUCGAGUGCAAAGUCAAGCACGACUCGUCGCUCGUGCCCACGAUGACUUGGCUGAAGGACCAGAGCGAGCUGCCCGACGAUGACAGAUUCUUGGUGGACUCUGACAGCCUCACCAUCAGCGACGUGGCGGAGAGCGACGCCGGCGUGUACACGUGCAUCAUGAACACCACUCUGGACCAGGACUCCGCCAGCGCCGAGCUCACCGUCGUCGAGGUCACGCCCACGCCGCCUGUCGUCUACGAGCGACCCGAACCCCCGACUGACCUUGAGCUGACGGACCAGAAGAAGAGGAGUGUUCAACUCACCUGGAUUCCCGGGGACGAGCACAACAGUCCUAUUCAAAAAUUUGUGGUCCAGUACGAGGACACGCUCCACCACCACAGAGGUCACUGGCACAAUCUCACCGAGGUGCCAGGAACCAAGACCACGGCGCACCUGAAGCUGUCUCCUUACGUCCACUACACCUUCAGAGUCUUGGCACUCAAUUCCAUGGGUGUCAGCCGGCCCAGUUUCCCUUCCAAGAUGCAUAAGACGGAGGCUGCAGCUCCAGAUGACAAUCCCACAGAUGUGCACGGAUUUGGAACAGAACACGACAAUCUGGUGAUCUCAUGGAAGCCGCUGUCAGGCCUGCAGGCCAAUGGGCCAGGACUGCACUACAGGGUGAUGUGGAGACAAAAGGUGAUGGACAGCGACUGGACCGCAGUGACCGUAGCAAACAACUCCAAGUUUGUGGUAUCUGCAACACCCACCUUUGUUCCCUACGAGAUCAAAGUUCAAGCCGUGAACGACUACGGAGCGGCGCCCGAGCCUCCCGUUGCUCACGGCUACUCCGGAGAGGAUCUGCCGGUUGCUGCUCCAGAGUCUGUGCAGGCCUAUGUGUUGAACAGCUCCUUGGCGGAGGUCCACUGGGAGCCCGUGCCUCACAAACUGAUACGUGGAUACCUCAAAGGCUAUAAGGUGUACUACUGGAGGGAUGGCAGCCUCCACAAACAUCACCCCCAUCACGCGGAGAAGCAGAUCCUGACGUUCAGCGGGAACCACAGCCAUGGGAAGUUGCCUGGCCUGCACCCUUAUAGCCUUUACUCCUUUAACGUCAGGGUCUUUAACGGCAAAGGGGAGGGGCCCCCCAGUGCCACCCAGCAGUUUGAGACCCCAGAAGGAGUGCCUGGAAUACCUUCCUCCCUGACGGUCACCAACACCAACUUAGAUUCUCUGAGCCUGGAGUGGCAGCCGCCUCAUGAGCGCAAUGGAGUCCUGACGGGCUACACUCUCAAAUACCAGCCAGUCAAUAGCUCCAAUGAGUGGGGCCCCGAGGAGGAGCUGGCCCUGGCCGCCAAUGAGAGCUCGGUCACUUUGCCGGACCUCAAGUUCAGCACGCGCUACAAGUUUUAUUUGAAUGCCAAAACGCACAAGGGGGCGGGGCCAGCCGUUACCAUGGAAGCGGUCACCAUCACGGAUGAAGCCCCGCCGGCGAGUCCCUUCGGAAGCCUAAAUUCCUCCCUGGGCGAGGACGGGCCCCUGAUCAGUUGGGAGUACUGGGGCCUGGAGAAAAGCGUUUAUUUAGAGUACAUAGUGGACGACAGUGAAGGCGGAGACGGCGUGUGGCGGCAAGAGCUGGUGAACGGCUCUCAGAACUUUGUGCUCAGGGGCCUCAAAGAGGGCCUCUCCUAUAGGGUGCGCUUGGUGGCCAAGGGCCACGCUGACCAAGAGCUCCACCGCUCCCAGGAGCUCACGGUGACGGUGCCAGCCGUGGCCAGCAGGCAGGUGGACAUCGCCACCCAGGGUUGGUUCAUCGGCCUCAUGUGCGCCAUCGCCCUCCUCAUCCUCAUCCUCCUCAUCAUCUGCUUCAUCCAGAGGAACAAGGGAGGCAAAUAUCCAGUGAAGGAGAAGGAGGACGCACAUACCGACCCAGAGUUCCAGCCCAUGAAGGAUGAAGACUGCACUUUUGGGGAAUACAGCGACAAUGAUGACCAUAAGCCCUUAAAAGGCAGCCGCACGCCAUCGAGCGGGACGGUUAAGCGGGACAACAGUGACGACAGUUUAGUAGACUACGGGGAAGGAGGAGACGGACAGUUCAACGAGGACGGCUCCUUUAUCGGAGAGUAUAGCGGAAAGAGCGCCAGCCGGGACGCCGCCGAGGGCCACGAGAGCUCGGGGGCGCCGUCCCCGAUUAACAUCAUCAACUCCUUGAAUUCUUUCGUGUAGCCUCAUCUUCCAGGUGGUGGUCAUGGGGGACAAUCUGGGAGGAAAACAUGACAAACCAUCCUCAGACUACAGCUGUCCUAUCUGGUCUUUGCCAGCGACUGGGAAUACAACAACUAUGCACACAGCUCAUGGUAUGAUUACGAUACACUUUGUUCCGAUAGCAACCAUCAAGUCUUUCUUCAUUGUUUGAGAAGGAAAACACGCUAUUUCAAGUCUUGUAUGAACCGUAGUGUGCUAAAGUCUAAGGCCGCCCUUGGGUUUCUUGUUUUAACAACACUAUUACAUACUUGCCAACCCUCCCGAAUUUUCCGGGAGACUCCCGAAUUUCAGUGCCUCUCCGGAAAAUCAAUCAAUCAAUCAAUCAAUCUUUAUUUAUAUAGUCCUAAAUCACAAGUGUCUCAAAGGGCUGCACAAGCCACAACGACAUCCUCGGUACAAAGCCCACAUACGGGCAAGGAAAAACUCACCCCAGUGGGACGUCGAUGUGAAUGACUAUGAGAAACCUUGGAGAGGACCGCAUAUGUGGGUAACCCCCCCCCCUCUAGGGGAGACCGAAAGCAAUGGAUGUCGAGUGGGUCUGACAUAAUAUUGUGAGAGUCCAGUCCAUAGUGGAUCCAACAUAAUAGUAAGAGUCCAGUCCAUAGUGGGGCCAGCAGGACACCAUCCCGAGCGGAGACGGGUCAGCAGCGUAGAGAUGUUCCCAGCCGAUGCACAGGCGAGCGGUCCACCCCGGGUCCCGACUCUGGACAGCCAGCACUUCAUCCAUGGCCAUCGGACCUGUGCCCCCCCCCCCCCUCAAGGAAAAGGGGAGCAGAGGAGAAAAGAAAAGAAACGGCAGAUCAACUGGUCUAACAGGGGGGCUACCGUAUUUUCCGCACUAUAAGGCGCACCGGAUUAUUAGCCGCACCUUCUAUGAAUUACAUAUUUCAUAAUUUUGUCCACCAAUAAGCCGCCCCGGACUAUAAGCCGCGCCUACGCUGCGCUAAAGUGAAUGUCAAAAAAACGCUGCGCUAAAGUAAAUGUCAAAAAAACAGUCAGAUAGUUCAGUCAAACUUUAAUAAUAUAUUGAAAACCAGCGUUCUAACAACUCUGUCCCAAAAUGUACGCAAAUGUGCAAUCACAAACAUAGUAAAAUUCAAAAUGGUGUAGAGCAAAAGCAACAUAAUGUUGCUCGAACGUUAAUGUCACAACACACAAAAUAAACAUAGCGCUCACCUUCUGAAGUUAUUCUUCAUUCGUAAAUCCUUCGAAUUCUUCGUCUUCGGUGUCCGAAUUGAAAAGUUGCGCAAGCGUGGGAUCCAAAAAUGGCCGGCUCCGUCUCGUCAAAGUCAUCGGAUUCAGUGUCGCUGUUGUUGUGCAGCAGUUCUGUGAAUCCUGCCUUCCGGAAAGCUCGGACCACAGUUGUGACCGAAAUAUCUGCCCAGGCAUUUACGAUCCACUGGCAAAUGUUGGCGUAUGUCGUCCGGCGCUGUCUGCCCGUCUUAGUGAAGGUGUGUUCGCCUUCGGAGCUGUGUGAAAAAAGCCACCCGGCCUCUUCGCGUAAACUUCCCUUAACCACUCGCUCAUCUUUUCUUCAUCCAUCCAUCCCUUCGAGUUAGCUUUUAUGAUGACGCCGGCUGGAAAGGUCUCUUUUGGCAAGGUCUUCCUUUUGAAUAUCACCACGGGUGGAAGUUAGCAUGGCAAGCUAGAACCACAGUGAAGGAUGACUUCUCAUUCCCUGUGGUGCGAAUAUUCACCGUACGUGCUCCCGUUGUAUCCACAGUGCGGUUCACAGGAAUAUCAGUUGCUGUGAAAUACGGUAGUAAUCCGUGUGCGGAUGGAGAGAUUGCGUCUUUUUAUG